AUGGAGUCCAAGAUCGUUAACAGCCUACUGCUUGUAGGCGAUUUCAGCAUCUCUCUAGUGGCUGUUAUUCUCUUUGGAUUGGCGUCCUCUAGACAUUACCGAGAGAUGCUCUGGGAGAAGGGCGGCGUUGAAGGCUGGAACUCUAACCCAAACCACCGGGUGUACUUUUACGCAAACUACGAAGAGCCGCCAGAAAUUCCGCUGAUUUGGUCGCAACAACUCACCGAUGGCACCCUUGCCGUCGGGUUGCUGUCAUUGACUAUCCUCGUGGCCCGAGUCAUUAUGACGGUUUUGGGACACAUGUCUCGAACUUUCUCGAUGAUAUACGACACCAUCCUUACAUUCUUUUGGAUUCAAACCCUCGUGUCUCAGGCAUCCGGCGACUUCUCAGACCCCAAGCAUUCGAGCCCCCACCCUUGGUACUUGUCAAGAUACUGUCAGAGGGAUAUUGCCACGGCGUGUAGGGUCGCGCAGGCAAGCUUUGUGUUAUCGGUGCUUGCGGCACUCCUGUGUGGAGGAAGGCUUGUGGCCACCGCAGCCGAAGCAGUGUGUUCCUACUACCGCACCAAUCGGGAAAUCGAAUACCGACUCAUCUCGAUGGAUCCUGACACCUUGGACGAGGAUGAUGAAGCCUCGCUGGAGGAAGAAAUGGCCAAGGAAAGGGAGCGGUACCUUUAUAGAGAAGCACUGAGUCCCGUGCUUGCAUUCUUUCCAGAGGACUCAAGCUAUUAG